CUGAGCACUGCGUGAGCUGCCGACGGCGGGUGCCGGGGGUGCCAAACACUGUCUGUGCGCGGCACACCUGCCCUGCAGCAGGGGCCGGCCGACGGCGCUGUCAGCGGCGCAGUCGGGCAGCGGGUGUCGAGGUAGGCGGAGGGCGGGCGGUGUGAGGGGGAUCCGAGAAACGGGCCGCCCAGCUGCAGUGAGGCGGUGAACGGAGUCACACGAGAUACAGUGACCCAGAGAGCAGGGUAGUGUCACCUGUAGUGACUCGCGGAAAUUAGUCGUGAUAAUUAUUUUAUGCAUGAUAGAACCGCGCCACAAGGCGUGCUGAGUGCUGAGUUAUUCAGGUGAUAGGUACCGUGUUACCGCUGAAGUGGUAGAAAAAAGUGUCUAAGGUGAUUUCGUUUGUCAGUGAUGUCUCACAGCGCUCAUGCUGACGGAGCAGAGUGAAGUGAGCGUCUCGGUGACAGCUUCGGUCGAACUCGAACGGGAUACUUCCCAGUGAAGUGACGGAGCAUGAGCGACCGGCCCAGAAAAUCCGGUCACAGCUCCAGUGAAAGGAAGGGAAGCAUUCAUCAGAUCAGGAACCUGAAGCUGGAGGAGGUGAAGCUGGAGGAGCAGUAUGAGGUGCUGCAGACGCUCUGCGAGGUGUGGUCCGGCCGUAUUCUGCUGGCUGAGCACCGCGACAGCCGACACGAGGUCAUCCUCAAGGCGCUUCACAAGGUGGCCACCAGCCGGGCCGACUUUCUGCGCGAGUUCCACUACAGUUACUUUCUGAGUCCCCACCGGAGCAUCGUGACCACGUACGACGUGGCGUUCAGCACGUCCGACAUGUUCGUGUUCGCCGAGGAGUACGCUCAGUUCGGCGACCUGGCCUGCUACGUCUCCAACGGCGGCAUCGGCGAGCGCAACACCAAGCUGCUGGCGCCGCAGCUGGUCGCCGCUCUCGACUUCAUGCACAGCAAGGGCCUGGUACACCGCAACGUGCGGCUCGACAACAUCCUGGUCUUCAAGAGCGACCUGUCGCGCGUCAAGCUGGCCGACUUUGACCAGACGCGGCCGGUGGGCUGGCGCGCCCGGCGCGGCGACGAGUGGGCGCCGUACGCGCCGCCCGAGGUCGUGAGCCAGCCGCGCGGCGAGCUGUACACGGUGGCGGCCGCGCACGACACCUGGCAGCUGGCCGUGGUGCUAGUGGUGUGUCUGACCGGCGCCCUGCCCUGGCAGCGCGCCGACAAGACCGACGCCCGGUACGCGGCCUUCUGCCAGUGGCGCGGCUACCGGGCGCUGCGCGCUCCGCACCGGUUCGGCGAGUUCUCGCUGCGGCUGCAGAGCCUGCUGCGGCGGCUGUUCGAGCCGCGCGCGCGCCGCCGCUGCGCCGUCACCGAGAUCGGCCGGCACCUGGGCCACCGCUGGACGGCCCGUUCGGCCUCGGCCGCCGCCGGCGACGGCGUGGACGCCGGCGACGCCACCUCGGUCUGCUACUCGACGUGGUCGGUGCACUCGUGUCAGCAGCAGAAGAACGCCGUGCUGGCGCCGCUGCGCGCCCUCGGACUGGAGACGGUCGUCGAUCACGACGCCAAGCGGCAGCGGCUGCGGGACUGGGUGGCGCUGACGGCGCGCGGGCCCGCCCUCGAGGAGGAGGGUGGGCCGGAGCUGACGGAGGGCCGCGGCGGCGGCAGCCAGAGCUCGGCGGCGUCGGCGGCCUCCGGUCCGCGGCACAGUCCGGCCGGCUCGCUGGCCGAGGAAGACGUCGAGUAGACUCUGAACUGCCGGGCGAACUGGCCAGGUAGAGAGAUCCGACUCCAACGACUUGACUCGGCCAGACUCGUGCGCUAUCAAGUGGUAUACGAUCAAAAAGGUCACGAUAAAAAAGUACCCGAUCAAAAUGCUAGACAUACGGUCAAAAUGGUAGAUAAACGAUCAAAAUAGCGUACUUUUACGACACGUGUUGACCAAUACUGUGCACUGGCAGAUGAUUUUAGAUUAUUUACCAAGUCUCGCCGUGGCGAAACUACUACCAGUAAAACGCCUUUUGGGCGACCAACGGAGCGAGCGAGAGGAUGGGCCUUGCACGUGCGAAAUUGCGAGGGGGUACCUCCAACUAACUUGUACCUCCAACUGCACCCUACUAACCGGUCUUUAGCGAUGUGCCAAAUUUCAGCGCAAUCGGCCUAGCCGUUCUCGAGAUCUGGAAGCGGCACACUGCACGUGCGCACGUGCAAGCGGGGUCCAAACUGACUUUUGCACGGCACCCUACUAACUGGUCCCCAACCGUGUACCAAACUUGAGCGCAAUCGGCCCAGCCGUUCUCGAGAUCUGGGAGCGCCCCCUGCACGUGCGCACGUGCUGUAGCACCCCAACCUUAACACAUGCAGAUGAGUUAUCUGAUGGAGACCUAACUGUGUACCGAGUUUCAAUUCAAUCGGCCCGACCGUUGUGCCGUUAUUGAGGUUGCAAUUUUGGGGUUCUUAAAAAAUGUCCAACUUUACCACGCGCCACGUGCGGUGGUUGGCAAGAACGCAUGGUGGCCAUCACACCACAGAACUUUUACGUCCAAGUGACAUUCAGUAAAGAAGACCGCUUGUCAAUCGGAUGUCCCGUUCCUAAGAUAUUAGCUUUUGAAGAGCGUCCCCACGGCCGGCCGGCCGGCCGGCCGGCCGGCCGCUCAUACUCAGGAUUUUCCCUUAAUUCAGUAUGAGACUCCGCUCGCUUCGCUCGCUCCGUAAAAACGUUGGUGUCACGGUGAGGCUAAAUGUCCCGUUUCUGUGCAGUGUGAGCGUAUGUCGAUGCCGCUAUCGUUGCUCCGUUGUGACUGUUCGCUGCAUGAUUGCUUCGUUUGACGGCGACUGCCAGCCGCCAGAAGCUGCGAUGAAAGGACUGCCUCUUGGUGUGCCUGGACACAAUCGGUGGCUUUGGACCUGGGCCUCCGUCUGCGGUUCAUGUUCCAUGUAACGAGCAUCACCUAUUCACCGCGUGCAUGUCUUCCUCGCAUUAUUUGUGUGCCAGACCAAUCGGAUUGAUCCUCACACAUGAUGUCAUAAGUGAACGGUGUGACAUACAUUUGAUAUACCGAAAUAAAUGAUAUUCAUUGUUA